AUGGAUGUCAAUGAGUUUCGCCAGGCGGCCAAGGAGGCUGUCGACCAGAUCGCCGACUACCAUGAGUCUGUCCCCUCGCGGCCCGUCGUCUCCAAUGUCCAGCCUGGCUACCUAAGGCCCUUGCUCCCCGCCGAGGCGCCCCUCGACCCCGAGCCCUUUGCCGACAUCGCCGCCGACAUCCAGUCCAAGAUCAUGCCCGGCAUCACACACUGGUCGUCACCGGGCUUCAUGGCCUUCUUUCCCUGUUCCAGCAGCUACCCAGCGGCGAUCGCCGAGAUGUGGUCCAACGCCUUCAACGGCGCACACUUCAACUGGAUCUGCAGUCCCGCUGCCACGGAGCUGGAGACGGUCACGCUCGACUGGUUGGCCCAGGCUCUGGCGUUACCCUCGUGCUUUCUCAGUGGCGGGGAGACACACGGUGGCGGCGUCAUCCACGGCAGCGCCAGCGAGGCCAUCCUGACCGUCAUGGUCGCUGCUAGAGACAAGUAUCUCGCGGCCAGGACGGCCCAUCUUCCCGAAGGCGAGGAUAAGGAGGAGGAGACGUGGCGCCUGCGCAGCCGCCUCGUCGCCCUGGGCAGCGCCGGCGCCCAUUCCAGCACCAAGAAGGCUGCGCAGGUCCUCGGCGUCCGCUUUGCCACCGUCCCUGUCGACGAGGAGCAUGGCUUUGCCUUGCAAGGCCCGGCUCUUGCCCGUACCCUCGAGGACCUUGCCGCCAAGGGGCUCGAGCCCUUCUACUUGACGGCAACGCUUGGUACCACCGACGUGUGCGCCGUCGACGACUUUCCUGGCAUUGUCAACGCCCUCGCCCCUCGUGCUGGCACCGCGACGGAGGUCUGGGUUCACGUCGACGCCGCUUAUGCUGGCUCGGCGCUACUGCUCGACGAAAACAAGUCCCUGACUCAACCUAUGGCUGACUUCCACUCCUUCAACUUCAACCCACACAAGUGGAUGCUUACGACAUUUGACUGCUCCGCAGUCUGGGUUCGCAGCCGCGCCGACCUCAUCUCAGCCCUCAGCAUCAAGCCACCCUACCUCCGUAACCAGUUCUCCGAUGGCGAUCUUGUCACCGACUACCGCGACUGGCAGAUCCCUCUCGGCCGUCGCUUCAGAUCCCUCAAACUCUGGGUCGUUCUGCGCUCCUACGGCCUGCGCGGCCUCCAGGCACACGUCCGAAAGGGCGUCAGCCUGUGCGAGAAUCUCGAGACGAAGCUGCGGCAGCGCCCGGAUCUGUUCACCAUCUUUACGCCGGCCCGCUUCGCGCUUCUUAGCUUUCGCCUCGCGGGUCACAAUGAGGAACAGGUCAACCGCCGCACCGAGGCGCUGUACGAGCAGAUCAACGCGGCUGGCCAGUUCUACCUCACGAGCACCGUCAUCAACGGCAAGUUUGCCAUCCGCAUCUGCACCGGCGUCGCCGCCACCCAGCCAGAGCACAUUCAGAAGGUAUUUGAAGCCCUGGUUGAAGGCACGGAAAGGCUGGUGGCCAAUGAGGAGAAGACCGUGCACAGCCUGGAAGAGAAUGGCGUCAAGACGAAUGGUGUCAAGGCCAAUGGCAUAGCCAAGAAUGGCGUAGAAACAAAUGGCAUAACCAGCAACGGGGCCGCGAGGUAG